CUACUUGUGAAAGUUCCUCGUCCAGUAUCGAUUCGCUACCAAUGAAUGACUCUUGCGCUUAAUUGUCAUUGACGACCACUUUUGACCUUUCAAAACCAUCGUCGCAAACUCAAUGGGGAACACGAUUUCAUAUGCAACGAAGCCCUAUGACUUAGAUCUUGGCGAGAAGGGUACAAUACGCGGCUUACAGCAUGACGAAAAGUCGCGCAGAUACACAGGUAUUCCUUACGCACUUCCGCCAACAGGCGAACAUCGCUGGCGCAAACCAAGGGCUCUUCCAUCCUCAUGGGUAUGGGGAGGCGAGAAGGAUGAACCAUACGAUGCGACCAAGUUCAGGGCCAUAUGCCACCAGAAUGCAUUCCACGUUGGCAAAGCCGAAGGGGGCGAUGGAAAAUUCAGUGAGGACUGCCUGUUCAUGAACAUCUGGACGCCCGUUGGCGACGAAAAGACCUCAAAAUGGCCCGUGAUGCUGUGGCUACACGGAGGCUGGUUCCAAAUGGGCGAUCCGUCCCAUGAGGCAGGCAUGGACCCAACAGAGCUUAUAUCUUCUGGAGGCCUCAAUGCGAUUGUAGUUGCUAUUGGCUAUCGCCUGAAUAUCUUUGGGUUUCUUGCCGGCGAAGGCGUGCUUGAUGGAAAUUUCGGACUUUGGGACCAGCGCAUGGCAGCUGAAUGGGUUGAGGAAAACAUCAACCUCUUUGGUGGAGACCCUGAAAACAUUACACUGGCUGGACGAAGUGCUGGAGCAUACAGCGUCGAGGCGCAAAUGCUCCAUGAGUUUCGUCGGCCAGGACCCAAAUCAUCCCUUUAUCGACGCGUGUUUAUGGAUUCCAACGCCGUGCCAGCACAGCCAAAAUCACUACGAGAUACAGCAGCUCAAUUUGAGGAGGUUUGCAAUUACUUCAGUAUGGACAAAACUCUGUCUGGCGAAGAGAAACUAGGACAGCUUAGAAAGAUCUCGGCACAAGAACUACUCGAAGCUAUUCCCAAGCUCGAAAACCACACGUUUCGCCCGGUCACUGAUGAUUCCUUCCUACAUUCCGGCAUGAUGGAGUACCUCAAGAGUAAAGAAUUCGCCAACGAAUUCCAAUCUAGGGGAUACAAGAUUCUGAUCGGCGAGGUCGCCAACGAAGAGACCCUGUACUCCGUCUACAAUAGCCCUACUGAGCCAAGCAUAGAGUCGCUGAAAUUACAAGUGAUGAACUAUUAUUCGCCCAAUGUGACAGAGAGGGCAAUUCAGCGCUAUCAGCUCCCGCAGUCAGACAAGUUAGAAGACUGGAAGAAGGUGUUCGGUAAUAUAAUAUCGGAUGGCCAGGUUAGAGCGCCAUCAAGAUCUCUGGUCAAAGGUUUAUCGUUGAACGGAGUGAGGAUCCAUGAUAUAUGGCGCUAUCAGAUCUCCUACCGGCUCUCAUUUAUUGACGAUAAGGUUGCACCUAUGUCAUUUGGAGUCGCACAUGCAAUGGAUAAACCGUUUUGGAAUUUCUCAAUAUCAUACGGCCCAACGCCACAAGAGAGGCAACUGAUGGAGGACUGGAUCCAGAUCCUGUGCGCUUUUGUCAACGACGAUGGAUCAUAUGAUUUCGGAACUAAAUCUGUACGGGAUAUGAAAGUCAUCACUCCUGCAGGUGACAUUGUGGUUCGGGAAGAUGAGCGCUGGGACGAAUUGAUUGAGAUUGGCGGAAUAUUCAGUGGCGAGGAAGGUCGCGGACCUGGUUAGCAAAUGAAGAAUUUUGACCAACCUGAC